UAUGUUUCCUUCAGAAACGUAGUCGGUACUUGAGACAGAACCUCUUUGGGGAGAACGACAGGAUGUCAAGAUGGUAGUAGAAGUUAGGUUAAUAAUAUGGAUUGUCGCUUGGAAAUAUAAUUGUAAUAAAGUGCUAAAUAAAGAUUGUCUCAAUAAUUCUACAUGGUGGCAGCGAACUUGCAAAUACUCCGAGGAAUAUUUGGCAAGUAGAACCUUCUUCGAAGAGCAGAAAUAGAGUUAAAUAAUUCCAGGGAUGGCAGAGAAUCAAGCAGGAAGCCAUGUGCUUGCCAACAUGGCAACAGUAUCAGCUCCUUCUGAGUUUAAUUUCUCCCUUCCAGGAUCAUGGAAUCAGUGGAAAAAGAGGUUAGAAAGAUAUAUGUCGGUUAGUGGUUUUAUAAACAAACCAGAAGCUGAAAAAAUUGAUAUGCUAGUGUAUCUAAUGGGGGCAGAAGCAGAGGAAAUUAUAACUCAAUUUAAUCUAACACCCGCACAGCAAGUAUAUAGUAUUAUUAUCGAGAAGUUUGACGCUCAUUUUAUACCCCAAAAGAACGUAAUAUUUGAACGAUUCAAGUUCAACACACGUAGUCAACAGCCAGGGGAGUCGGUGGAUGCAUAUAUCACUGCACUUCAUAGCCUGGCAGAGCAUUGUAGUUAUGGGGCUCUAAAAGAUGAGUUAAUAAGAGACCGCAUAGUAGUAGGAGUUUUAGAUGUAAAAGUAAGUGAGAGGUUACAACUCCAAAAGAACCUAACAUUAGGGGAAGCUGUAUUAACAGUACGUCAAGCCGAGCUGCAGAAUUCUCAAAACAGGAUUCUUAGGCAAGAACGAGUACAAGAAGUAGCUACGGUCAAUGCACACAGAGGUAACUACUGGUCACAAUCACAAGCAGAACCAAAUAAAUAUGGACAACAGAACACAUGGGGGAAAUCCAACAAAAACUACAAAUGUACAUACUGUAGUGUACCAAGCUGCAACAGCCGAGAAAGAUGUCCAGCAAAAGAUAGUCGUUGUCGAUUAUGUGGAAAGAAAGGACAUUGGCAAGCUAGAUGUAGAUCCGGCAGGAAUGUAAGAGUAGUUGAAGGUCAAAACUGUGCUGAAAGUGAGGUAGGAAUAGAAAAUGAAAUGGAAAACUUACAGGUAAAUAACUUUGAUUUUCAUCUAGGACACAUUUACACUAAUGAUAAAGAUCAGUGGUUUGCAAAAGUUUUAGUUGACAAUAAAUAUGUUAUGCCUUUUCUUGUUGAUACAGGUGCUGAUGUAAGUUGUGUCUCUAGAAAUAUGUUGUCUGAUUUCUACAAAAAUAAAAUGUAUGUUUGCCAGGAGUCCAUAGGGGGCCCUGAUAAUAAAAAACUAGAAAUUGAGGGUAAAAUUGAUGUUAAUUUGACUUAUAAUGACAAUAUGUGUUCAGAAUCUUUAUAUGUUGUAAAAAAUCUAAAGGUGCCUAUCCUUGGUCGGCCUGGAAUUAUAAAAUUAAAAAUGCUUAAUAUUAAUAAAAAUAGUUCACGUUAUAUUAAUAACUUAGUAUCUAAAAAUAUAAAUGCAUUUGGGGCAGAAUCAGAGACCUACAGUGCUAGCAAGUACUCAUUAGAAACGAUAGCUGAGUCAUUUCAAGGAAUAUUUGAUGAUAUUGGGGAAUUUAAAACAGAAAUGAAACUUGAGCUAAAAUCUAAUGUUCAGCCAUUUGCUCAGUCAGUACCACGAGUAGUUCCAUUACCACUCAUGCCCAAGUUAAAAGUUGAGUUAGACCGUCUACUUCAGUUGGGUAUAAUAAAACCAAUUGAAGAACAUACCAGGUGGGUAAGUCCUAUUGUUUGUGUACCAAAGGGUGACUCUGUUAGGUUGUGCGGAGAUUACACAAAACUUAACCAAAGUGUAUUAAGAGCUUAUUUCCCACUUCCAAAAAUAGAGCAUACUUUGGCUCAACUGAAAAAUUCAAUAAUAUUUUCUAAGCUCGACACAACUAGUGGUUACUUCCAAAUUAAACUGAAACCAGAAAGCCAAUUGCUAACUACAUUCAUCACACCAUUUGGUCGAUACUUUUUUACACGUCUUCCCUUUGGAAUUUCAUGUUCUCCAGAAUAUUUUGCACUUAGGUUUUCUAAGAUUCUUUCAGGUAUGAAAGGGGUAGUCUUUUAUAUGGAUGAUAUUUUAAUCCAUGCUAGUUCAGUCAAAGAACAUGACGAAAUUUUAAACCAAGUUCUAAUAAAAUUACACAGUGAAGGUAUAACCCUUAAUAAAAACAAAUGUGUCAUUGCUGCUAAGUCAGUCAAGUACUUGGGGCAUAUCAUCACUACUUCUGGGGUUAAAAUAGAUCCUGAACGGGUCAGAGCAAUUAGAGAAUUCCCAGAACCAGAAAAUAAAACAGAACUUUUAAGAUUAUUAGGUAUGAUUAAUUUUGCGGGUAAAUAUAUUAAAAACAAAUCUGAAAUUUUAGAACCUUUAACAUCUCUUCUAAAAAAGGACUCAGUAUUCUUAUGGGGACCUGCUCAAAUUCAAGCUCUAAAUACUCUAGAAAAAUGUUUAGAAAGUUCCCCAAAUUUAUCAUAUUUUGAUGCGAACAAAACUAUUGUUGUAAAUUCAGACUCUAGUUGUUUUGGCAUAGGAACUUGUCUGAUGCAAGAAAAUCUAGAUAAAUCUCGCGAAAUAGUGGCAUUUUCAUCUCGAUUAUUAAGUCAAGUAGAGGGUCGAUACGCGCAGAUAGAAAAAGAAGCCCUGGCAAUUACGUGGGCAGCUGAAAAGUUUGCUGAUUAUAUAACAGGGGUCAAAGAUUUGAUUUUUGAAACAGACUCAAAACCCCUUGUUCAAAUUUUACAGACGAAAAAUGUGGAUGAAUUAUCUCCUAGGUUGCAGCGGUUUCGGAUGAGAUUAAUGCGUUACAAUUAUAAAGUAGUUUACAUCCCAGGAAAACAGUUGGUUGUGUCAGACGCACUAAGUCGAAGUCCCAUAAAAAAUUCUGUACCUAGUAAUGAUGAGUUGACAGGUAUUGAAGUCGAGGGGUAUGUUAAAUCGGUAAUCCGUAAUUUACCCAUAAAAGAUCGGUUUAUAAAGCAAAUAAUCGAGGAACAAAUCAAUGACCCUGUUUUACAAAUAAUAAAACAAUAUACGUUGACUUCAUGGCCAGAAAAGUCUAAAAUUCCUGUGCAUGUUUUGCCAUAUUUUCAAUUCAGAUAUGAUAUAUCAUUUUGUGAAAAUUUGUUAUUAAAAAGUUCUCGAAUUAUUAUACCAGCAGCUUUACAACUUAAAUGUCUAGAAUAUAUUCACACAGGUCAUCUGGGGGUAGUCAAGUGCAGGGACAGGGCUAAAUCUACAGUGUGGUGGAUCGGGCUGUCUUCUCAAAUAGAAAAAAUGAUUAGAAAUUGUCCCAAUUGUGUGGAAAAUCGUGAAAAUAUAAAAGAAACUUUUUACAAAGAAGAAUCAUGUACACGACCUUGGGAAAAGAUAGCGCUAGAUCUUUUUAAACUGGAUAAAUGGUUCUUGAUUGUCGUGGACUACUACUCCAGAUAUUUUGAAAUAUUUGAGCUCAGUUCCAUGACUGAAAUUGUUAUUAUAAAUCACUUGAAAGGUUUAUUCUCUAGAUAUGGUAUUCCCAAUAUUGUGCGUAGUGACAAUGGACCACAAUUUUCAACAUUAUUUAAGAAAUUUGCUUCAAAUUAUAAUUUUAUUCAUGUAACUAGUAGCCCAUACUUUGCACAGAGCAAUGGAUUAGUUGAACGGGCAGUUAAGACUGCUAAAGAACUAAUCAAAAAGAAUAGUGAAGAUAUAUUUUUAGCGCUCUUAGCCUAUAGGGCUACACCUUUAAGGUGUGGACUUUCACCAGCAGAGCUGUUUUUCUCUAGAAAAUUAAGAACUAAUCUACCACAGUUGUCAUUAAAUUUGGAACAAUCGGUUGUUAAGGGGGGAGUGUCAUUAAGAGAAAGGGAAAAUAAGGAAAAACAAGCAGAUAAUUAUAAUAGUAGACACCGAGCCAAGGAUAUGCAACCUUUAUAUGUGGGCGAUUCUGUCUGGAUUAUUGAUAUUAGGCAAUAUGGAAAGGUAAUUGAAAUUUGUGAAGAACCACGCUCUUAUGUUGUUCAAACUAAUAGUGGUCAAUUCAGACGUAACAGAUGGCAUUUGGUCCAGGCACCUUACUAUACUCCUGAUACCAGUAACCAGUUAGUUCCUAAGAAAUUUGUUGACGGCAGCGACUUAGCAACUCCAGGCUUCUCCCACAAAGAAAAGGAGAAUGAGAAUAUAAAUAAUUCCUCUGAUACUUUAGAGACUAUACAUGGGAGUCAGAGUUGUGGAGUCGAUGCUUCACCAAAUAAAAGUGAUGUCCAAAGUGAACACUUACCUGUACAGGAACCUGAUAUGUUAUUGAGGCCUAAAAGGAACAUUAAAAAGCCAAUUUACUUGUCCGACUAUAGUUGUUAAGUUAUGUAUAUUAUGUUAUGUUAUGUAUUCAUUCUAUAUUUGCUGGGGUCCUGGAAUUCUCAUAGAGAGCUCUGUGGCUUACCUCAUUUAAAAAGAGGAGAAUGUAGAGUCAGCUCAUUAUGCAACCACUUAUACGUUUCCUUCAGAAACGUAGUCGGUACUUGAGACAGAACCUCUUUGGGGAGAACGACAGGAUGUCAAGAUGGUAGUAGAAGUUAGGUUAAUAAUAUGGAUUGUCGCUUGGAAAUAUAAUUGUAAUAAAGUGCUAAAUAAAGA